AUGAAAUCAGAGAAUGUAAACACAGAAAGUGAAAAACUAACUAUCUAUCUAUCACACUCUGUUUAUAUCUAUCUAUCUAUAUAUCUAUCUAUCUAUCUAUCUAUCACACUGUUUAUAUCUAUCUAUCGAUCACACUCUGUUUAUAUCUAUCACAUUACGUCUCCAGUAUAUAUCUAUCUAUCUAUCUCAGUCUCUUUAAUAUCUAUCUAUCUAUCUAUCUGUCUCAGUCUCUUUAAUAUCUAUCUGUCUCAUCUCUUUAAUAUUUAUCUAUCUCAGUGUAUCUAUUUAUCUAUAUCAGUCUGUUUAUCUAUCUAUAUAUCUAUCUAUCAUUUAUACAUAUUUCUGAAAAGGGAAAUCUGUCACACUCUGUCUAUUACCUAUCUAUCUAUCUAUCUAUCUAUCACACACUGUCCGUUAUCCAUCUAUCACACACUGUUCAUUAUCUAUCUAUACAUGCAUGCUUCAUACGAUAAAAAUCCGCCAUUUUAA